AUGUCGUCGCAAACCGAGUGGCCGCAGUCGCUCAAGGACUUUGCCAACCGCGCAUUUGCGGCGUGCAACGAUGCCAACCGCAAGGCCGUGUCGGACGAGCUGCGUGCGCUCAUCUUUGACUCGUUCCAGAACGGCACGAUCCACACCACCGACUGGGCCAAUGCAUCGCUCAAGUCUCUGGCUGGUCCAUCGGUGGCGAAAAAGUCGCUCAAGAAGCGCGUCGCACCGCCAUCCACGCCAGCGACAGCGGCGGAUCCAGACGAGCAGGCGCGCAAGGAGAAACGCGCCCGGCGGUUCGAACGCGAACAGGCGCAGUUUCAGCACGAGGAGAACCAGGCGAAUCUGCAGUCGACCAGCUUGGCAUCGCGAUUCGGCUCGGCGCAUGCGCAGAACGGACUGGCAAAGCAGCAUGGAGUUGACGUGGAUGUCGCCGAUCCCAACGUGAUUGACUGGGACGAGCAUACCGUGGUCGGCACAAGCACCAAGCUCGAAAAGCCCUACCUGCGUCUGACUUCCGCGCCGGAUCCAAAGACGGUUCGACCGCUGUCGACGCUCGUCCAGACGCUCGAGCUGCUCAAGAAAAAGUGGCGGACGGAGAACAACUACGGCUACAUCUGCGACCAGUUCAAGUCGAUGCGCCAGGACCUGACGGUGCAGCGCAUCAAGAACGAGUUUACCGUCAAGGUGUACGAGAUCCAUGCGCGCAUUGCGCUCGAAAUGGCCGACCUGGGCGAGUACAACCAGUGCCAGUCGCAGCUGCGCGGGCUGUAUGCCCACGGCAUCCGCGGAAGCGCCAUGGAGUUUCUAGCCUAUCGCAUCCUCUACCUCCUCCACACCAAGAAUCGAAGAGAUGUGAAUGCAUUGAUGGCCGAGCUGACCGAGGAGCACAAGGAGGAGGUGGCGGUGAAGCAUGCACUGGACGUACGCAAGGCGCUGGUAACGGGUAACUACCAUGCGUUUUUUGCGCUCUAUGCAGAUGCGCCCAACAUGAACGCCUAUGUGAUGGACCACUUUGUCGAGCGCGAACGCAUCAAUGCGCUCCUCGUCAUGUCCAAAUGCUAUCGACCCGGAGUGGCGCUGUCGUUCAUCGCGGACGAACUGGCGUUCCAGGAUGUGGCGGAAGCAGACGCCUUUCUCGCCGCCAACAAUGCGGCGGCCUACAUCGAGCCUACCCCGGCGGAGAUUGCGGCCCUCGCGCCUGCGGGCAAGAAGAAAAAGGCAAGGCCGGCAGUGCCCUUGGACAAGAGACAGUGGGAUGCAAAGGCCGCCAUGCAGCCUCUGGCCGAUGCCAUGCUCAAGUUUCGCAAAGUCGACAGUCACAACGACAGGCAUCACAAGCUGGCCACUGAUCGAACUGCACGCGAGCACGUCAAACACUUGCAGCUAGCUACGACCAUGUCGUGGUUCUCGACGCAGUGGAACCGGUUCGCAGCGGGCGGCUCUGCUCCACGCUCUUCCGACGUCAUCCGGCGCAUCGAAGUGGUCUGGGGACGCGAACGGCUGCAAAUCGUGCUGCCCCGAACGAGCGAACCCGUAACCCUGGGACACCUGCGUCAAGAGAUCGCGUCGAUCACAGCACUGCCCUACGAAAAGAUCAAGCUCAUCCAUCGCGGACUCAUCAUGCGCGACGACCGUCUGCCGCUCACCGCCUACGGUCUCGUCGAAGGCUCGCGCAUCGGCCUAGUUGGCAGUAGGGAGGGCGAUCGACCGGGCGCAAAGACUUCGCAGCUCUCGGUGGGCGAGCAAAAGGCGCGCGAGAAGAAGGCCAAGGAACAGGAUACGAGCGAAAGCGGACUGAUGAACCGCAUCACCGAAGCGCUCGAUUCGGCAAAGCUGCUGUUUCCCGAAGUGGAACAGCUGGAGGCGAAAGUGGAACGAGAGGGAAAGGCCGAGGGCGUGGAGGAUACGCAUAGGCGCGUGUCGGAGCUGCUCUUGAGACAGUUGCUAGCACUCGAUUCGGUCGCGGUGAACAGCGAUACCACCAGACAGGCGAGGAAGGUGGCAGUCAAGCAGGUGCAGCAGCAUCUGGACCGCCUUGAUGCAGCGUGGUCCAAGUUCAAGGCAAAGCCAGCUGUGUAG